AGAGAGCGCGUGAGAGAGAGACAGCAAAGCAGUCCCAGGCUUCCUUGUCUCUCACGUCAGAGGCAGGAACCUACUGUGCUAAGGCUGUUGGCUCAACACGCAGAGACCGAGAAAGGCACAGACACAGAGAACGAGAGAAGAGGGGUCCCCCCUGACCCAAGGAAUUACCACCAGUGGAGUAAAGCCACCUGACUUUGUUGCCUCCUCUUUCUCCUUCCACUCUAGCCCUGUCAGCUUGGGUUUCAUUUCUUUCGUGGAGCCUCCUCUCUUCCUCCCAGAAAAGGAGGAAAGGAAGAAAAGGGAGAGAGGUGGGUUCUCUAGGUGAGCGCAUCAGCUGGUUCCAGUCCGCACAGACAAGAAUUCUCUUCGCAGGAAGCUCCUCUCGCUCCCCUGCCGCCCACCCUCACCCGGGUGGACGUAUCAUCACACCUGCACAGAGACGUAUCAUCACAGACCUGCAUCCAGGUCUCUUGGAGUUAGGAUUGAAGAGCGUGUGGGAAAGAGAAGACAUCGAAGACCCCAUCACUAAAGAUUCCCACAACUCUGCGCUGUGCGCUGCAGGCUGGUCUUGACCCGGGAGCUCUGGCUGAGAGGAUGGGGGUGGAUGGGGAAACCGUGGUCCUGAAGAACAUGCUCAUUGGCGUCAACCUGAUCCUUCUGGGCUCUCUGCUCAAACCCUCGGAGUGUCAGCUGGAGGUCACCACUGAAAGAGUCCAGAGACAGGCGGUGGAGGAGGGAGGAGGGGUGGCCAAAUACAACGCAUCGGGCAAAGAGCAGCCUAUGGUCUUCAACCACGUGUACAACAUUAACGUGCCCCUGGAUAGCCUCUGCUCCUCGGGGCUGGAGGCCUCUGCCGAGCAGGAGGUGAGUGCUGAAGACGAGGCGCUGGCAGAGUACACGGGCCAGACCUCAGACCACGAGAGCCAGGUCACCUUCACGCACAGGAUCAACCUCCCCAAAAAGGCCUGCCCGUGUGCCGGCUCGGCCCGGGUGCUGCAGGAGCUGCUGAGCCGGAUCGAGAUGCUGGAGAGGGAGGUGUCGCUGCUCCGGGACCAGUGCACCAGCAACUGCUGCCCAGAAAGUGCAGCCACAGGACAACUGGACUACAUCCCUCACUGCAGCGGCCAUGGCAAUUUCAGCCUCCAGUCCUGCGGCUGCAUCUGCAAUGAAGGCUGGUUCGGCCAGAACUGCUCAGAGCCCUACUGUCCACUGGGCUGCUCCAGCCGGGGCGUGUGUGUGGACGGCCAGUGCGUCUGUGACAGCGAGUACAGCGGGGGCGACUGCUCUGAGCUCCGGUGCCCUACAGACUGCAGCUCCCGGGGACUCUGCGUGGAUGGAGAGUGUGUCUGUGAAGAGCCCUACACAGGCGAGGACUGCAGCGAGCUGAGGUGCCCGGGGGACUGUUCAGGGAAGGGAAGAUGUGCCAAUGGCACCUGCUUCUGCCAGGAAGGCUACGUGGGGGACGACUGCAGUCAGCGGCAGUGUCUGAAUGCCUGCAGCGGGCGAGGACACUGCCAGGAAGGGCUCUGCUUCUGUGAAGACGGCUACCAGGGCCCUGACUGCUCGGCAGUUGCCCCUCCAGAGGACUUGCGAGUGGCUGGUAUCAGCGACAGGUCCAUUGAGCUGGAAUGGGACGGGCCGAUGGCAGUGACGGAAUAUGUGAUCUCUUACCAGCCGACGGCCCUGGGGGGCCUCCAGCUCCAGCAGCGGGUACCUGGAGAUUGGAGUGGUGUCACCAUCACGGAGCUGGAGCCAGGUCUCACCUACAACAUCAGCGUCUACGCUGUCAUUAGCAACAUCCUCAGCCUUCCCAUCACUGCCAAGGUGGCCACCCAUCUCUCCACUCCUCAAGGGCUACACUUCAAGACCAUCACAGAGACCACCGUGGAAGUGCAGUGGGAGCCCUUCUCAUUCUCCUUCGAUGGGUGGGAGAUCAGCUUCAUUCCAAAGAAUAAUGAAGGAGGGGUGAUUGCUCAGCUCCCCAGUGAUGUUACAUCCUUCAAUCAGACAGGACUAAAGCCUGGGGAGGAAUACAUUGUCAAUGUGGUGGCUCUGAAAGAGCAAGCCCGGAGCCCCCCUACCUCGGCCAGCGUCUCUACUGUCAUUGAUGGGCCCACGCAGAUCCUGGUUCGAGAUGUCUCGGACACUGUGGCCUUCGUGGAGUGGACCCCACCUCGAGCCAAAGUCGAUUUCAUUCUUCUAAAGUAUGGCUUGGUGGGCGGGGAAGGCGGGAAGACCACUUUCCGGCUACAGCCUCCCCUGAGCCAAUACUCAGUUCAGGCCCUGCGGCCUGGCUCCCGCUACGAGGUGUGGGUCAGUGCCGUCCGUGGGACCAACGAGAGCCAGUCCACGACCACCCAGUUCACGACAGAGAUUGACGCCCCCAAGAACCUGCGGGUGGGCUCACACACGGCUACCAGCCUUGACCUCGAGUGGGACAACAGCGAAGCAGAGGUCCAGGAGUACAAGGUUGUAUAUAGCACCCUGGCGGGUGAGCAGUACCACGAGCUGCUGGUCCCCAAGAGCAUCGGUCCAACCACCAGAGCCACCCUCACAGAUCUGGUGCCUGGCACUGAGUAUGGAGUUGGAAUAUCUGCUGUCAUGAACUCACAGCAAAGUGUACCAGCCACCAUGAAUGCCAGGACUGAACUUGACAGUCCCCGAGACCUUAUGGUGACAGCCUCCUCGGAAACUUCCAUCUCUCUCAUCUGGACCAAGGCCAGCGGCCCCAUUGAUCACUACCGAAUUACUUUUACCCCUUCCUCCGGGAUUGCCUCAGAAGUCACUGUGCCUAAGGACAGGACCUCAUACACACUGACAGAUCUAGAGCCCGGAGCAGAGUACAUCAUUUCAAUCACUGCUGAAAGGGGUCGGCAGCAAAGCUUCGAGUCCACCGUGGAUGCCUUCACAGGCUUCCGCCCCAUCUCCCAUUUGCACUUUUCUCACGUGACCUCCUCCAGCGUAAACAUAACCUGGAGUGACCCAUCCCCUCCAGCAGACAGACUCAUUCUGAACUACAGCCCUCGGGAUGAAGAAGAAGAGAUGACAGAGGUCUCCCUGGAUGCUACCAAGAGGCAUACUGUCCUGAUGGGUCUGCAGCCGGCCACUGAGUACAUUGUGAACCUGGUAGCAGUCCACGGCACGGUGACCUCUGAGCCCAUUGUGGGCUCCAUCACCACAGGAAUUGAUCCCCCCAAAGACAUCACAAUUAGCAAUGUGACCAAGGACUCAGUUAUGGUCUCCUGGAGCCCUCCUGUUGCAUCUUUUGAUUACUACCGAGUAUCCUAUCGGCCAACACAAGUGGGACGGCUGGACAGCUCGGUGGUGCCCAACACGGUGACAGAAUUCACCAUCACCAAGCUAUAUCCAGCCACCGAAUAUGAAAUCAGUCUCAACAGCGUGCGGGGCAGGGAGGAGAGUGAGCGCAUCUGUACCCUCAUUCACACAGCCAUGGACAACCCUGUGGAUCUGACUGCUACCAACAUCACUCCAACAGAAGCCCUGCUGCAGUGGAAGGCCCCAGUGGGUGAAGUGGAGAACUAUGUCAUUAUUCUCACACACUUUGCAGUUGCUGGAGAGACCAUCCUGGUUGAUGGUGGCAGUGAGGAAUUCCAGCUCGUUGGCCUGCUUCCUAGCACCCACUAUACUAUUAAUAUGUAUGCCACCAGUGGGCCUCUCACCAGUGGCACCAUCAGCACCAACUUCUCUACCCUCCUGGACCCUCCAGCAAACCUGACAGCCAGUGAAGUCACCAGACAAAGUGCCCUGAUCUCCUGGCAACCGCCCAGAGCAGAGAUUGAAAACUACAUCUUAACCUACAAAUCCACUGAUGGAAGCCGCAAGGAGCUUAUUGUGGAUGCAGAGGACACGUGGAUCCGACUGGAAGGCCUGUCUGAGAGCACAGACUACACAGUGCUCCUGCAGGCGGCCCAGGACACCUCCCGGAGCAGCCUCACCUCUGCCACCUUCACCACAGGGGGCCGGGUGUUUCCUCAUCCUCAAGACUGUGCCCAGCAUUUGAUGAACGGAGACACUCUGAGUGGGGUGUACACCAUCUUCCUCAAUGGAGAGCUAAGCCAGAAGUUACAGGUGUACUGCGACAUGACCACUGAUGGGGGUGGCUGGAUUGUGUUCCAGAGACGGCAGAACGGCCAAACAGAUUUUUUCCGGAAGUGGGCUGAGUACCGUGUCGGCUUCGGGAACCUGGAGGAUGAGUUUUGGCUGGGGCUGGACAACAUACACAGGAUCACAUCCCAGGGCCGCUACGAGCUGCGCGUGGACAUGCGGGACGGCCAGGAGGCUGCCUUCGCCUCCUACGACAAGUUCUCGGUGGAGGAUGGCAGAAACCUGUACAAGCUGCGCCUAGGGGGCUACAACGGCACUGCAGGGGACUCCCUCAGCUAUCAUCAAGGACGCCCUUUCUCCACAGAGGACAGAGACAAUGAUGUUGCAGUUACCAACUGCGCCCUGUCCUACAAGGGGGCCUGGUGGUAUAAGAACUGCCAUCGGACCAACCUCAACGGGAAAUAUGGAGAGUCCAGGCACAGUCAGGGGAUCAACUGGUACCACUGGAAAGGCCACGAGUUCUCCAUCCCUUUCGUGGAGAUGAAGAUGCGCCCCUACAACCACCAUCUCACGGCGGGGAGGAAACGGCGGUCCUUGCAGUUCUGAGCAGUGGGCGGCCACGGGCCGACUGACCUUUUCUGUCAUUUGUUUGUAUUUUAUAAUAUGAAACAAGGGGUGGGGGGUAAGAGUACUGUGCUUUGCAACAAGGGAAGGGUGUUGGAGGAAGCAGGAUGUAGCUUCUCGUGGGUGCCUGCUGUCCCAGGCCUGGGCCUCGGUCUCCAUGCUCCCUCCCCCGUAGUCAUCCUUAACCUUCGCCUCCUUUCCCACCAAGGAGGGCAAGUCUGGAAUGUUUUAAAGAGACCAACUUAAAGCAAGUCCUGGGGUCAGAUUGCUAUGGCACCAGGCCUUCUUUCCCUGGACUCCCAGGAGUUGCCUUUCACUCCCAGAUAUUUGUGCUCUGGUCACUGCCUUGGAUGGCCAGGUUCUCACAGCAGCCCCUGGGAGAAGCCUCGGGAAGAGAGCUCUGCCAUCAACAGCCCUUCAGAGGAAACAGAGUAACCUCACCCCAUCCCAACAAUCCAAGUCCUUUUUAGUGGGCCAAAGAUUCUCGUCUUCUGACACUCUUACCAGCCAAGUGUCCUAUUACCUUUUAAGAGCGGUGGCCUCCUUCCCAGCCCCAAUUAAUCCUGUGCUCCGUCCAUCCUACCCUUAGGCCCCCACGGCCCCACAAGCCCAAGGCAUUGUCCACACCUGGCUCUGGGCUGCAUAGUGGCUGUGUUCCCUGAGGGUCAUAAGUCAUUGCCCCCUCUCUAGGGUCAGCCAGACAGAACUUCCCUUGUGGGUGAAAGGGGGAGAUGGUUGCGGGUUGAGCACUUUGGGGUCAGACACUGAGGAAAGGACAAAAGUAGAAAUCAGGGCAUCUGCCAUUUGAGAUUACAGGUACCGUGGGAAACACAGACCUUACUUAGCUCUAUUUUCUUAUUUCUGGUCCUAUUUGUCAUGGAUUUUUUUUUUUUUUUUUUCUGAAUUGCAAACGGAAGGCCUCAUUUCUGUGUUCAGCCAAGCUCUCCUUAAUGUGGGUGGCUUAAUAAGGGUCAGAAGAAGAAGUUAUAUGACCAGUCAGCCAUUCCCCUGACUGAUAAUUCCUGGAAAGAGGUGAAAUUCAGGAGGAGAUUGUUUUUGUUUUUUGCUCUUUUUUGUUCCUGUGGGAAAUAGGAAUGACCUCUGUAAUGAGUUGACAUCAUGAGAAGCCUUUCUCCAUCUUCUUUUAUUAUUCUGCCUCUGAAAGGAAAAAUGAAAAGUGCCAGAAGAAAUUACAUCUGGAAAUCCAAAGGUGAAUAGGGGAUGACUGUGUGCCUACCUCCCAUUUUAUGAGAUGUGCUGUCUUCACUACGGUGAUUUGAUUUUUAAGCCCAAGAGAGCUGAAGGCUCUAAAAUCCAUGACCCUUUGGCUUCUCUAAAUCCAAUGUCAGCGGUAGCUAUCCCUGAGGCAUCUGCCAAAAUACACUCCUGGCUCCCCAGCUGCCCUCCCCUUUGCCCCUCGCGUUCCUCUUCUGUUUUCUGUAAUGCCCAUGGUUAGCCAAAGUGGGUCAUUUGUUCCUUCCCCAACCAGUUGCCGGAAGAGCUGGAGAGUUGGCAGUUUCCUAAUGGAAACAACUACACUCUAACCCAGCUCUGAUCCCCAGGAAAGGACAGUCCCUUGGGCUGCUGAUCACACUUUAUGUGGAUGAAGCUGGCUGCCACUAGCUGCAGGCACCCUGCCUUAGCGGGCCUCCAAGGCCUUGCCCACCACUCUGUGAGGCUGUGACUGACAAACCUGGGGCUUGGAGACAUGGAGACCACAUCACCAUUUCUCAGGUCAGCAUGGGCUUCAAAAGAACUAGGAGAAGGAGGAAGAAAGGGAAACAGUCCUUUCAAGAAACAUGUAAAUUAAAUGUGAUUCAGCUAGAGAGUGGGAAACCAAUGAAUAGUAGGGAGCACACUGAAAGGAAACUGGGGGCUAAGGUAUAGGCCCAUCUCUGCCAUGUUGUUUGCUCUGUGACAUCAUCAGGGAGCUGGUUUUCUCUCUCCAGGCCUCAGGUCCCCCCUGUUGAAUGGAAGCUUGGACUAGAAUGGCUAUCAACUUCCUUUUUGGUUUUGAUAGUCAAUAAUGCUAGUUUCUGAUCUGAAAAUCUAAGUAGAAAUUGGCAUUGAUGAGAGAGCAUGACUAGUAAUGGAAAUUCACCAGAAGCCCUGCUUUAUUUAGGAAGGAAGGAAGGAAAGAAGGAAGGAAGGAAGAAGGAAGAAAGGAAGAUUCAGAAGUCAUAAAUAAAACACACACACACACACACACACACACACACACACACACAGGAAAAAACACUGCAGAAAAGGUAAUGCCAAGUAAGAGGCUGAGUCCCUUUUGCCCAUAAAAGCAGAGCCCAGGGGCCUGGGUGGUACCAGUACAGCCUACCUCAUCAAGGGACCUGAAACAAAAAGAGAUUAUGAUUCCUUGUGUGGUCAGUUCAGGUGAAAGCCAGAAAGUAUCAGUGGAAACCAAAACUCGCUUUUCAUUACAACCAUUUUACCCUAUGGAACAUUUUUAUAAAUAGUAUCUGCAGCAUUGCCUGAAUUCAUUUCAAAAACUUUUUAAAGCAAGAAAAGGACUUCAAAGAUUAGCUCACCCAACCUCCUAUAAAAGGAUGUAUAGAUUCCUUUUAUUAAGUUGAGUGAUUUUCUCAUGAGCUUUUACCAUCUUCAAGAGACACUGUGCCCGUUCUCUCCCUAAGAUCCAUGAUCAACUAAGCUCAGAGCUUCUUAACUUCACUCACUGAUUCCUGCUUAUCUUGUUCCUCCAAAUUUGUGUUCUUCCCAAGGGUGGAUCCAGUAAGCGAUAUUCACAAUGCACUCACCUACACACACCACUUGCUCUCAAGGGACUCACAGGAAUAGAAGUGGACUCUGCCCAGAGGCAAUUUAAGUGCAGGAUUAGGAUUUAAUCCCAAUCCUAAUAUAGGCAUUUACAAACCAACAAAACCUACCAAUGACUGCAACAGACCCACUGCCUAGAUCCAAGAUCCAGUUUUUCCUUUUCUCAUUUCCCCAUCAGAUAAAGACAGUUCCCAACACAGUAACUCCCGUUCUUCAGGGUUCUUUCUGGAAGGUGGGAGAGGGCGGCGGGGGGUGGAGACCACAAAUCUGUGGAAAACACCCGCUGGCUUUUAGACUGGAUUUAACUGGAGGAGGGAGACUUGCUAAGUGUGGCCACAAGGUGGCGAUCACCAUCCCCAGUCACGGCCAGUAACUAUGAAACAUGGUGGGGAUUGAGGACAGCCAGCCCCUCGGGGUCUCCAGAACUCACACCAAACCAAGUUUCAGGAAAACCAGCCAACUGAUUUGCACACGGGAUUGAAUUGUUAAAGAAAAAGAACAAUAAAAACGGCAGCAAGGAAAUGCAGAGCAAACUUCCAUAAAUAGUUAAAUCCACCCUACGCCUCACCUACACGCCCCCCAACUGGGCUGCCCAAGCAGAGGUAAGCCACCUCCCACCCUGUUCCCUGGAAACCAACCAGUUCCCUGCACACUGAAAACUGUUAUGUCAAAGACAAACCCGAAGAACCAAGGUUGCCAAUGAGCUCAAUGCCAAACCAAACAACCUUAAUCACAUUUAUACUUUUAAAAUCUGGUCCCAGCACAGAGCUGUAGAUUAAGGGACAGUAGGUCAUUAUGGAAUCGUUUCAAAGAGCUCUUUUAAAAGCAUCAGUUGAGGAAAAGUGGAACCUAUGAGCAGUAAAUGCACCAAGCUGAGGAGGCUGAAAUAGACGAGCUCAUGACCUGGACUUGCAAGUAUUCCUGGGAAAUGAAAACAUUUUUCUUCUUUUUCUUUUUUCUUUCUUCCUUUUUCUUUUCUUUUCUUUCUUUCUUUUUUUUUUAAAUUUUAAUCUCUGCCCAGAAUUUCAGGAAAGGUAGAACUACUUAUUCAGGGUCUGUGCUUGCUUUUGAUCACUUGACUCCUAUUCAGUCUCAUUCCUACUUCCUUUUCUUUCCCUCCAAAGCGGACACUCUUCUUGUAUCUCACUGUCUAGUCCUAAAACUUUGAAAAGGAAAGAUUCAAACUUCAGUUUAGUUCCAAUAAUCCCACAGAAGAUGGAAUAAUUUGUUCAUUGGCUUCAAACUUGCCAAGGUCUUGGGACCUUGGAGGCCUGGGGGGGCGGGGGAGAUCUCUGAAGUUUGGGAGUCUGCCUCUUACACAAAGCUCCAGAUGCCAGGAGCAGCAGACUCAGCUCCACCCAACCUCCCUGGGUGGCCCGUCUUUCUCCAGAUAUCAGUAACAGAGAGGUUCCACGCUCAGGAAAGGCGAGACAACAUGCUGGCUUCUGGGUGAUGCCUGUAGCCUCUCUCUGGCUAGAUCUCCUGGUCCUUUGGCCAUGUUCCCAAACAUCUUUGACUAAAUGCUCCCCCAUACUUUUGUUUCUUCCAUAACUCCACCCCACACAAAUGUGACCAAGUUUCCCUCAACUGUACUCUAGCAUUUUGGCACCACCAGGCCAAAUGAGAAUUCACAGAAAAUGAGAUCUCCAAAAGCAAGGAGGGAAAAAAGGUCUAGUAUACUUAAGUGGGUGUGUUGUAUAGAUACAGGUCCAGUUUGAAAGAAUGGCUCUGGUUCAUGCUAAUGGUAGCCACAUUUGAUUUGCUUAUGUCCAUUCUGUGUACUUCAAGCUUUGAGAAAUAGCAGGGAAGAAGAAAACAUAAAAUAUAAAACAUAAAAUAAAAUAAAACAAAUAAAAGAAGCUGAUGGAUGAUUGGAGACUGAAAGCAAGCCUUCUACCAAUGGCCCACAGUAGAAGUACAGAGAGCAAGUGUAAGGGUCUAGGGACCUGCAUUAAUUCCUUGAGUUCUGGUUUCACCUCCCACCAGAGAGCUCCUGUCAGUUCACCACCUCAGGAGAAACUAAGGCACCAGAGCCCUGUCACUGCAGAAAAUGAGAAGCAGAAGGGCUUAACCAGUCCUGCUUGGACCUCACUUUUCCUUCACAGCACUCGCAAGCCUGAUUUGUCAUCUCCAGCAUUUCUGAGUAAUUUUUCAAGGUCACCCCUUGCCUGAAGCAUGACUUCAUUGCACCUGCAGCACUUCAUUGUCCAAAUGUCCUUGGCAAAUCUCACAGUCUUUGGACAGUGUUGCAUUUUCUCCAAACCAGAAAUCCUCCCUCCUUCCCAAGCUUAAUAAGGCUAUUGCAGAGUAUCCAAAUAACACAGCUCUUGUUUCUCAGAUAGCUCUGCCCCCUCUGUUAACUUGACAAAUCAGCUCCUCCUUGUCUGCUGUGAGGCUGGGCUGAUGCUAAAUUUCCAAUUCAGAAACAUUUAACCCUUUUCGGUCUCACCGAAUCUGCCCUUCCAGGUACUGGCUUUGGCUCAUUGGCACCAUGGGCUCAUGGAAGCAGAGCAAGAUCCCAGGAGGCCUGAAACAUCUAAGCCACGGAGAGGGUCCAGAUGUGUGACCAGGAGGCAAGUGCUCCAAGGAGAACUAUUGUUUUCUUCCCAUUUCUGGUUUAGCAGCCCCAGGGACACCCUGUGUUGCCAACAUCCUGCCAUCGGAUGCCACUGUGUUCAAUGCUGCCUCCAAAAGACAAACGUUGGGAACAUAUCUUCAGAGCAGGAGGGAACUGGAGACCAUCUAACCUGACUCUCUCAUGUCAUACUUCAGGAAAAAGAAGUCCAAAAACGUUAAGCAACUUGCCCAAGUUCACACAGCUAAUUAGUAACAGAGCUGAGAUCAGAUCUGGCAUAGGCCUUUUAAUACUUCUCCCCCAAAAUAAAGACUAAGAGAAAUGGUAUUUAUUACACUCCUACUACUUUCUAGAUGUACUGUGCUAGGAACUUUACCUGUAUUACUUCAUUAAAUCCUCACCACAGCCCUGACUCAAGUUUAACCAUUUGACAGAUGAGGAAAUGGAGGCACAGAAAAGUUUAGUGACAUGCCCAAAGUCACAUAGGUCUAAGGAGAGCCAUAAUCGAAUCCCUCUGUCUAAUUCUAAAGCCCUUGCUUUUGCCCUGUCAGGAGACUGCUGCCCCUUCUACUUGUUUAGCCAAGUGGCCGCCAUCUUGGAUUUACUAAUGUUUGCACAAAGGGGCUUCUGAAGCCACUUCUCUCUGUCUUCUAAGAAAAGGGAGUUCUUAUGUUGUUUUUUGCCACAUACUCCAGGGGACCUUCCACCUCACCAUCAGAAGUAAGAAACAGCCAGAUAGCUCUUUCCUUUUCUUUCUUUCUUUUUUUUUCUCUUUUUAUGUUUUUAAUUGGGGAGGUAAGAAAAAGUUCCACAGCAGGUUGGUAGCAGUUAAAAAAGACUAGGACACAAACAUUACGUCCCCAACCCUACUCCUUUGGGAAUAUAGUGGCCUCUUUCCCACCCAACAUUAGAAGAGUAGGGAAUUCCAGAGUCAUUCUUCUCAAACUGGGUAGACAGGGUUGGCAAGAUUGGGGAGAAUAAACAUGGUGCAUGUUUCUGGAUCACCAGUUUUACUCCAGAACUUAAGAGGAAAGGAGUUAUAUUAUUAGUAUAUUGAAACCAAUAUAGGCAGUAUCAAACGUAGAAAUCCCAUGAAUUUUUAGGCUAAAACUAGCAGGCUGCAGACUGAGUGGGCUCUUUCCUCCCAGACUUUCAUGAGUACCAUGAGAGUGUCCUCGUAGGGACACAUCAGUGGAAAAAUUGGGGAAUGAAGAUAGAGGAAGGCAGUAGACGGAUGUUACUUACUCCCCUUUUCCAACCUGCCUCUACCUCCUCAGUGGGGAUGUGUGUUGUCAUGGGGUCUCAGAGAACAGUUAGGUACAAUCUCAGUUCUCUUUGCCAUACUGAGGAGUUUAGAAGGAAAUUGGUACUGGGUAAAUUGUAUCUUUGGCAGCCAGGCCCAAACUCCAGAAAUGAACCCCUUCCUCUCAACUGAACACUACUUAGCCAUAAAGGAAUAGAUUUCCCCAAGAAAGAACUUGACAUUUCAUGGUCCUCUCCCAUGUGGAGGCUGCUGGGGGAAGGUGAGAUACCUCUGUGUUAGAUGCAGCAGACGCCAUGGUUUCUACAAAAAUGUCAGCCAAGUAAGUGCCCCCCUACCAACCCCCUUUCCCUGCCCAUGCCCUCUAGAUUCACACCAUGGUUCCACAGACUCAAGGGUCAAAAUCUAGAUGCGUUACCAAUAACAUCAGUCUCCUCCUUCUUAUCCUGAACACACACCCAGGCAUCCAGUCAUUCCGACUUCAGAUGCACCCCAGGCCCACGGGGCCUCUCAGGUACCCUGAGCAAGUCUCUGUGACUUUGAGGGAGCUGUUAUGUUGGGCCCGGGCAGCUGAAACCCACCCUGGUGGUCUCUAGAUUGUUGUUCUGAGAAACCAUAAGCACCGAAUCCUCCAGGCCCCCCGAAUUUGAGUUUGUCGUUUUAACCUUUAACGGCCUUUUCAGGUAAAAAUAACACCGACCAAUUUACUGCCUUUGUAGCUACACUGUGCUUGGGAAAAGCAUUUACUUAAAAGAAAGACUGGAAGGAAGAAAAAAAAAAAACAAGAAGAAAAUGGAGUACAUACUCCUCAGGUGAUGUACACUUUAAUGAACUGAAAUAAAAGUAAAAACAGAGGAUGGGAGAGGAGAAGCCAACCUCCCCCUCCUUUCGUGGCACUGUAGCUCAAAGACUGGAAUCUCCGCUUGUUAACCAUUGUUAACUAGUAUUUUUAGUCCUGAUUGCUUUUAGCUUCUGUAUAGUUCCUUUUUUAAACACAUUUUCUAUACGUCAAUAAAAGAUCCGGAAGGAAUGGUGUGCGUCUUCUGAGUCCUGUGGGGAACUGGGGAGGCAUGCCUUUCUUAAUGGCCAGCCUGCCUUCUCCUUUUCUCUGGGCCUCCUCCCCUCCAGGUUUACCACCACUUCUGCCAAAAGAUCUUCUCUGCAUCACCUUGUUCUCAUCCCUGAAGGUCCUGCUACUCCACCUGUGUCCUUUGCCGUCCUUGAUCCUGUUCUCUCAUUAUAGCCUUGCUGCCCCUACCUUCCUUCCUGUUCCCACUAUCUACUCUUCCUCUCUCUGCCUCUCUCUCUCUUCCUCUUCCACCUCCCACCCGCUCUGAAUUCUUCAUCUCACCCAUUGCUUUUACCCUCAGAAGAGGUCCCUGACGGGUGCUAGCCUCUACUGGAUGCCCCAGCUUCACCCAGACCGGUCUGGUCUAUGGUGUGGAGCCCUUGAUAGGCCACAAAGACUGACUUGCUGUCCGGUUCCCUUGACCCUAGAGUGCCCAGUGGUAGCUGGAUCUCCAAGGCUCUAGUGCCAUCUAGGGGCACUGGCAGAGACUAUUUAAUUAUCCUAACUUGCCCAGCCUGUCUAUCCUCAGCUCAGUCUCCAGCUCCUGUGACCACCUGCCUCUCAGGCGUGGUCACCUGGGAAAGCAUUCCCCCUUUCCCUCCCUUGAAAAUGAGCCCUGUGCACAUUGUAAGAUCAACUCUCACCUCCAGACCCUACAGGUAAGACCCGGCCAGGUAACAGCCCGAAGAGCAGGGGCAUGAGGGAAACUUCCAUCCAGCUCAGCUCCACAAGCAUGCAAGGUAGAAGUGUAGAGGAGACAGUAACAGAGCAGAGUUGGGGGCCUGAGCCCAGACAAGUCCUCCCCACACCCUCAUUGGAGAGGGAGGGGCA